UUUAUUUUCUGAUACCCCGAAAAUUCUGUCCUUAUGUGAUCAAUAGAUAAGUUGAAUGAUAAUGUACUUUUAAUAUCUUCGUUCAAAUUUUUUGUGGAACUACAUAUUAAAUUAUCAGGCAUUGAAAAGUGACUUGUAAAUUUUAUAUUUACACUAUAUCUUUUAUUCCUAAUUCAUAAUGAAUCAUACUUGUUUAUAUCAUAUAUUGUACUGUUACAAUGGACUAUUGUCUUUAUCCCGGGUUCUAUGACCUUGUAAUGGAUUUAUGGUAUGUCAUUAAAUGAAAUGGAAGUGAAAAAGCAAACUAGGAAAACUUAGCAUGUAGUUACUUGUGAAUUGUGGAAAUCAGUGAUAAUAUUAUUCCUAGUUAUUUUUAGUUACGACCUGCAGAUGUUCAAUAGAUCUAUUCACAAAUCCUAACCGCGUCUAUGGUCACUCAUACACGUCACACUUUGUUAGUUGCUUUUUAAAGCAGAAUGUUAAAACACACACCCACAUAUACGGGUAUUCUUUUUUAGUUAUUAGAUUUCAACGAAUUAAUGUCCUGAUUUCAGAUAGCUAAUACAGAACAACUUGAACCAAGAAAUGGCUGGCAACAUACCUCUUCCUGGUUUCGAUAUGGAGAGUGGGGCGGGGAGAAUCCAUCCUUAUUUUCCCGCCGAAACGGAAGGUUACAAUGACUUUCCCUAUGACGAAAUACGAGAGAGUGCUACAUUUUCCCGAGACUCGACAAGCAGCGGCUGCUUUGGUUGGGUCCGAAGAUGCUUGUGCCUCACAAAUGAUUUCGAUAACGAAGAUGACUUUUAUGCCCUGAGUAACCCAGAAGAGACGGGAGAAGGCACGAAACACUCCCGAGACUGGUCCACCGGCGGCUGCUUCGAGAGGAUCAGAAGAUGGGUACGCGAGAAGGUGACUCGAAACAGCGAAAUAGACCCUAACAGCUCAGCGACCGGCGGUGGCCACAACACACCCAACUGCAAGGGCGAGAGCCCAGCCACCACUGACGGUGACAACACACCCAACUGCACGGGCGAGAGCCAAGCCACCAGUGACGGCGACAACACACCCAACUGCAAGGGCGAGAGCCCAGCCACCAGUGACGGCGACAACACACCCAACUGCAAGGGCGAGAUCCCAGCCACCACUGACGGCGACAACACACCCAACUGCAAGGGCGAGAGCCCAGCCACCACUGACGGCGACAACACACCCAACUGCAAGGGCGAGAGCCCAGCCACCACUGACGGCGACAACACACCCAACUGCAAGGGCGAGAGCCCAGCCACCACUGACGGCGACAACACACCCAACUGCAAGGGCGAGAGCCCAGCCACCACUGACGGCGACAACACACCCAACUGCAAGGGCGAGAGCCCAGCCACCACUGACGGCGACAACACACCCAACUGCAAGGGCGAGAGCCCAGCCACCACUGACGGCGACAACACACCCAACUGCAAGGGCGAGAGCCCAGCCACCACUGACGGCGACAACACACCCAACUGCAAGGGCGAGAGCCCAGCCACCACUGACGGCGACAACACACCCAACUGCAAGGGCGAGAGCCCAGCCACCACUGACGGCGACAACACACCCAACUGCAAGGGCGAGAGCCCAGCCACCACUGACGGCGACAACACACCCAACUGCAAGGGCGAGAGCCCAGCCACCACUGACGGCGACAACACACCCAACUGCAAGGGCGAGAGCCCAGCCACCACUGACGGCGACAACACACCCAACUGCAAGGGCGAGAGCCCAGCCACCACUGACGGCGACAACACACCCAACUGCAAGGGCGAGAGCCCAGCCACCACUGACGGCGACAACACACCCAACUGCAAGGGCGAGAGCCCAGCCACCACUGACGGCGACAACACACCCAACUGCAAGGGCGAGAGCCCAGCCACCACUGACGGCGACAACACACCCAACUGCAAGGGCGAGAGCCCAGCCACCACUGACGGCGACAACACACCCAACUGCAAGGGCGAGAGCCCAGCCACCACUGACGGCGACAACACACCCAACUGCAAGGGCGAGAGCCCAGCCACCACUGACGGCGACAACACACCCAACUGCAAGGGCGAGAGCCCAGCCACCACUGACGGCGACAACACACCCAACUGCAAGGGCGAGAGCCCAGCCACCACUGACGGCGACAACACACCCAACUGCAAGGGCGAGAGCCCAGCCACCACUGACGGCGACAACACACCCAACUGCAAGGGCGAGAGCCCAGCCACCACUGACGGCGACAACACACCCAACUGCAAGGGCGAGAGCCCAGCCACCACUGACGGCGACAACACACCCAACUGCAAGGGCGAGAGCCCAGCCACCACUGACGGCGACAACACACCCAACUGCAAGGGCGAGAGCCCAGCCACCACUGACGGCGACAACACACCCAACUGCAAGGGCGAGAGCCCAGCCACCACUGACGGCGACAACACACCCAACUGCAAGGGCGAGAGCCCAGCCACCACUGACGGCGACAACACACCCAACUGCAAGGGCGAGAGCCCAGCCACCACUGACGGCGACAACACACCCAACUGCAAGGGCGAGAGCCCAGCCACCACUGACGGCGACAACACACCCAACUGCAAGGGCGAGAGCCCAGCCACCACUGACGGCGACAACACACCCAACUGCAAGGGCGAGAGCCCAGCCACCACUGACGGCGACAACACACCCAACUGCAAGGGCGAGAGCCCAGCCACCACUGACGGCGACAACACACCCAACUGCAAGGGCGAGAGCCCAGCCACCACUGACGGCGACAACACACCCAACUGCAAGGGCGAGAGCCCAGCCACCACUGACGGCGACAACACACCCAACUGCAAGGGCGAGAGCCCAGCCACCACUGACGGCGACAACACACCCAACUGCAAGGGCGAGAGCCCAGCCACCACUGACGGCGACAACACACCCAACGGCGAGGGCGAGAGCCCAGCCACCACUGACGGCGACAACACACCCAACGGCGAGGGCGAGAGCCCAGCCACCACUGACGGCGACAACACACCCAACGUCGAUGUUGACAGUUCAGCUACUGAGAACGGUGAAUGUGCAUCAAGCAAAGAGUGGGACAUAGCAGCAACGGACGAAGGAGAGAACAUGGCCAAGGGCGAGUGUGACUGCCCAGAGAACGCCGAAAGCGAAAGCCCAAUGACCGCCGAGAACGACAGUCCAGCGACAGCCGACGACAACAGCCCAGAGACAGUCGUCGGAGAGGGACCAUGCAAUGGCGAGGGUGACGGCCCAGGGAUAGCCGAGGACCACAGCCUAGGCAAAAACGACAGCGAAAGCCCACUGACCAGCGAUGGCGACAGCACAGUCAACGACGAGUGUGACAACCCAGGGACAGCCGACGGCAAGGGAACAUCGAAAGUCGAUGGCCACAACACACCCAAUGGCAGCGAGGGACCACGGUCAUGGCAUAGAAACCCGCGAAGGGGACAUAGCAAACGAAAAUUACGGGAAAAUCGGAAACGCAGACGCCGGCGAUAGCUCAGACACCGGCGAAAGGGACUGUGUCAGAGUCUGGUGCUAUCCUAGAAAUUGCUGGGACUGAGGCAAACCACGACAAAUUUCUGUCAGGUUAGCCGACACUGUGAAGACACAGUAUGUUUUCUAUAGUGUAGGAACUGAAUUUUUAUGUACGUUUGCAUUAGUUUAAUGUUUGAAGAAGCACACAAUAAAUAUAUAUCAUAUAAUUCCGAGAAUGUAUUUAUCUGAUCAUGUUUACAUUAGUCAGUGCCACGCAAAUUCUGAGAAAGCUCUCAGAGUGACAGAUGUAAAACAGGGAGCUAUGUCAACGCAGUUGGUCUGCCUUCAGCGGAAUCCGCAAAUCCACCUCCUGCCAAUGACAGCACACCACACGCGUGAUAAGCGCCUUUAUGAAGCAAUGAGUCUAAACAACACAACAUGUUUCGAAAUAAACUCACAAACUGGUGCAACACAUACGAAGCCUCUUUGCCACGAAUGUGCAUACGGAGCAUGAGAGCAUAUCCACAUAUUACAGAUCUCAUCUUCAGAU